UAUUGACCUAGAAAAUACCAAGUUUUUUGAGGCCAUUUCUUCUUAGGUAUCUUUACAUGGGUUUACACACGCAUAUAUAUAUAUAAACAAAAGGGUGUUGGAUCUGUGCAAAAACUUGAAGAUCUUAACAAAAUUUGUGGGAAAGGAAUAAUGGCUUCAAAGGGUUCAAGAAUUGCUUCUCUAAUAUUGAGAAUUUUAACCUUCAUUUUGAUCUUUGUUGCUCUCUUAAUCAUUGCUACCAACUCUAAAACUGUUCUCGAAGGGACUGUUAAUGAAACAAAAAUUGAGUUCAAAGAUGUUAAUUCCUAUCGUUAUUUGGUAGCUGUGGCUGUUAUAGGAGGAGCUUUGAGUCUUCUUCAAAUUGCUUUCACCAUUUACCAUCUCGUUACCAAAGGGGAUGGAACUCCACUUUUCGAUUUGUUCAGUGAUAAGUUGUUAUCGUACCUUCUAUUAUCGGGCGCGUCGGCGGGAUUAGGCGCGGGGAUCGAUAUGAGAGUAAAUUUUAAAGAGCUGGUUGGCAAUUUUUUCAACUCAUUUUUUGACAAGGGUAGUGCUGCAGCUGCUAUUCUUCUUCUUGCAUUUAUUUGCGCUGCCAUUGUUUCAAUUCUCUCUUCUUUGGCUCUCAUCAGAAAGCCUUAAUUAAUAGUUUCUUCUAAUUUCAAAACCUCUCUGUUUAUUUAGUUUGUGUUUAAAAUCUUUUAUCGUUGGAGUGCUUCUUUUUAUUAUUGACUUAUGUAUUUAUGUAUCCUCCUCUUUAAUUAAUAUUUUAUUUUAAUUUCUACCACUCAAAUUUUA